AUGGCAGUCAUUUCAUCUAAACCUUCAGUCUACGAUACCCUUCCAGUGUUGGAUGCUUGGUACAAACCAAUCCCAAAACCAACGCCGUCAUCAUCCGCUGCUCACCGACAACAUAAUCGAUCCACGCACCAUAACACUGUUUCCUUUUCAAAUGAUCCACCAUCCGUACAUUAUGUCAAUUACAAUCAACAUUCAAGGUGGAAUCGCCCAGCUGAUAGUGUGAAACUAUUUGUUAAGAACAUCAAUCGCAGGAUACGGUCAUGA